AUGAUGAUUCGGGAUGACUUUAAAGGCGGAAAAAUUAACCUAGAAAAAACUCUGAAAUUACUUGAAAAAUUAGAUAUCCCCUGCAAUAAUAUUCAUGUGAAAUAUAUUUUUAAGGAUAAUGACAGACUGAAGCAAGGAAGAAUUACCAUAGAAGAAUUUAGAGCAAUUUAUCGAGUUCUGACACACAGAGAAGAAAUUAUUGAGAUUUUCAACACAUAUGCUGAAAACCGGAAAUUUCUAAUUGAAGGAAAUCUGGUCAAAUUUUUGAUACAAGAGCAGUUUUUACUUGAUAUCAAUAAAAGCAUUAAAAAUGCUUCUGAGAUCAUUCAAAAAUAUGAGCCUAUUGAAGAAGUUAAGCAAGCACGCCAGAUGUCAUUUGAAGGUUUUACAAGAUACAUUGGUUCCCCUGAAUGUCUACUAUUUAAUAAUGAAUGUGAAAAAGUUUACCAGGAUAUGACUCACCCAUUAAAUGAUUAUUUUAUUUCAAGUUCACAUAAUACAUACUUGAUAUCUGACCAGUUUCUCGGACCAAGUGAUCUUUGGGGAUAUGUAAGUGCUCUUGUGAAGGGAUGCCGAUGUCUGGAAAUUGACUGCUGGGAUGGAUCACAGAACGAACCUGUUGUCUACCAUGGUUACACCCUCACCAGCAAACUUCUGUUUAAGACUGUUAUCCAAGCGAUACAGAAAUAUGCAUUCAUAACCUCUGACUACCCAGUGGUGCUCUCUUUAGAAAAUCAUUGCUCCCCUUCCCAACAAGAAGUGAUGGCAGACAAUUUGCAAUCUACUUUUGGAGAUGCCUUGCUUUCUGAUAUGCUUGAUGAUUUUCCAGACAAACUACCAUCCCCAGAGGCAUUAAAAUUCAAAAUAUUAGUUAAAAAUAAGAAAAUAGGAAGCUUAAAGGAAACCCGGGAAAGGAAAGGUUUUAAUAAGCAUGGUCAAGUAGAAGAAUAUGAAGAAGAGGACGAUCAAGAGGACGACUACUACAAAAUUAAAGAUUCAGAAUACAGUCUAGAAAAGCAACCAGAAUCAAGUGCAGUUGGAUUACCACUGUUCAAGAAAAAGAGGGUGAGAUUUGGAAAAGUAGCUCUGGCCCUAUCUGAUCUUGUCAUUUAUACUAAAGCUGAGAAAUUUAGAAGCUUUCAAUAUUCAAGACUCUAUCAACAAUUUAAUGAAACUAAUUCUAUUGGGGAGACACGAGCCCGAAAACUUUGCAAGUUGAGAGCCCCAGAGUUUAUUCUUCAUACCAGGAAGUUCAUGACCAGAAUAUAUCCUAAGGCGACGAGAGCUGAUUCUUCUAAUUUUAACCCUCAAGAAUUUUGGAAUAUAGGUUGUCAAAUGGUGGCCUUAAAUUUCCAGACUCCUGGUCUGCCAAUGGAUCUUCAAAAUGGAAAAUUUUUAGAUAAUGGUGGUUCUGGGUAUAUUUUGAAACCAGAAUUCCUAAGAGAUCUUAAAUCAAAUUUUGAUCCAAAUAAAAUACCAAUAGACAAUAAUCCAGUUACACUUACAAUAAGGCUCAUCAGCGGUGUCCAGUUGCCUCCUAGCAAUUACUCGUCUUCUAACAAAGCUGACACAUUGGUGAUUAUAGAAAUCUACGGCGUCCCCAAUGAUCAGAUGAAACAGCAGACUCGUGUUAUUAAAAGAAACGCUUUUAGUCCAAAAUGGAAUGAAACCUUCACAUUUGUUAUUGAAGUGCCAGAGCUGGCAUUGAUACGUUUUGUUGUUGAAAAUCAAAAUUUUAUAACCGAAAAUGAAUUUCUUGGGCAGUAUACUUUACCAGUUCUAUGCAUGAACAAAGGUUACCGUCGUGUUCCACUGUUUUCCAAAAUGGGUGAGAGUCUUGAGCCUGCUUCACUGUUUAUUUAUGUAUGGUACAUUAGAUAG